CGGAGCUUCUCAAGUGCAAAAACCAUCAGUCAGCGCAAACGUAGCUCAGUUGGAGAUGUCUUCUGGGUCGAGGAGCUCAUCCCGCGGCGGCGCCAACCCGGAGUGGAGCAAGAAAGAGAAUAAGCUGUUCGAGGAUGCACUCGCCUACUACGGCGAGGGCACGCCCGACCGCUGGCUCAAGGUGUCCCGCGCCAUGGGCGGCACCAAGACGGCCGACGAGGUGCGCCGCCACUACGAGAUCCUUGAUAGCGACAUCAAGCUGAUCGACUCCGGCAGGGUCCCUUUCCCCAAGUACAACACCCAGGGCCAGGGGGCUUGGAACUGAUUCAUCAACCAAGGAGGAAAGCUUCUGAAUUCUGAAGAUCCUGCAAACAGGAUAAUGUGUUGAUAACCUAGUCCUUAGCUGGGACUAUGUUACUGAAGCAAGCGUAAUUAUGUACCGUAUAACGAAAAUUGUGGGCACUUGGUUAGGAAUAAAAGAAGAAAACAUAUGUGUGUACAUAAUAUAAUAUUAGGUUUGUAAGCAAAUCAAUUGCGCUUGGUCUUGCAGACGGUAGCUUGUAUUUUUCAUUGUGUACAGUAUUACUCCUCCCCAGUAAGUUUUGGAGUAAACAACAGUGAUGUAAAUUCCCAGUACUUGUGUGUACUGUUUAUGAACUUGUGCUGGUAGAAUAUUCCUGUUUGCCAAUAUCAGUUGGUUCAAGACUCCGAUGUUUACUUUGUA